AUGUGGUCUCCAUACGACCUCUCUUCAAACGCUUCCAGUGUGCCUGGCUACGAUCGGAGUGCCGGAGAUCUGCACUACCCCUAUGGGUCUGCUGCUCAUCAAUACCCUCCCUCGCUGGCGACGGAGCCAUCGAUGUUCUCCGAUAACCAAUCUAUGUGCAAUAAUCUAAUGCAACACCCCUCCACACCAGCUCAUCCCAGCUACUCCAUGUCUUUUACCCCAGCACAUGCCGACUUCAAUCCGCCCAACCACAACACGGUACAUUAUCCCUCGAUCGGGAACAAUAGACCUGAUCAGCCCUCAACCAUGGGCUAUCUCAGCUCUGGAUAUAGUACUGCGCGUACUACACCAUCGGCAUCGGGAGUAUCCACCCCCUCUAUGCAAGAGAUUCCCAAACCAGGUGUGAGUAGACGCGAAGUCCAGACUCUCUUUGGUGGUAAACGACCACUCAAACGGAAACACUUGCAAGCCUUCCCUCUACUGGAUCUUCACGGCACCUACCAAUGCAACUGGAAAGACUGCAAGUAUCGCGGGGUGUUCUCUCGUAAGGGAGUUCUCAUGCGUCAUAUAGAAACGCAGCAUGUCGCACCGCGCUCAUUCGAUUGCCCAGUCUGUGGCCAUCUAUUCUGUCGGCGGGACAACAUGACCGAGCACAUAGGAAGAGUUCAUUUGAAACGAUCCUGA